UUAUUGGAUGCCGACGCCGAAAAAUAUCAUUUUAUAUUUAAUAAAAGUGACUGUGUGAUUCGCGAGGUUAUUUAGUGUUAUUUUUGAAUAGAUAAUUAAAUAAUCAAUAGCUAUCGGAAUUUCGUGUUUAUUUUCAUCAUGGAAUUUGGCAAUUUAUGUGGAUACUUCUUUGUGUUAUCAUUUGUUAAUUUGGCUUGUGGUAAUUUACACGCACCUAUCAUUAACCCGGGCAUACUUACCCAGUCGAAGAACCUCGGCGAUUGCCAAGCGUGCAAGUUGUUCAUAGAAUCUUUUAAGAGAGGCUUAGAACGGACAUCUAGAGGAAAAUAUGAAGGUGGUGAUGCAGCAUGGGAGGAGGAAAAGUUGAAAAAAUCGUACAAGCGAAGUGAAAUGCGUCUUAUAGAUAUACAAGACGGAGUAUGCAAAGAUGAGAAGAAACAUGCAGUACAAUGUCACCAUAUGGCUGAAAAAGCCGAGGAAUUUAUUGAGGAAUGGUGGACACAAGACCCCGAUGAGUCAGCUGACUUAUUUACAUACUUGUGUAUAGAUAAAAUACAAGUUUGUUGCCCUGAACAUCAUUAUGGUAAGGACUGUACUCCAUGUCCUGGUGACCAUGCCAAUAUCUGCAAUGGAAAUGGUAAAUGCCGAGGUGAUGGUACUAGAAAAGGAAAUGGGACCUGUUUGUGUGAUCCGGGAUAUACCGGAGAGUAUUGUAUGGAUUGUGAUGCUGGCUACUAUUUGUCUUAUAAAGAUGAGAACAAGAUGCUAUGUUCUCGUUGUCACAGAUCCUGUUUAGGUGGCUGUCGUCAAGGUACACAGAAGGACUGUGUAGCGUGUAAAUCAGGCUAUGUAUUUGAUAUUGAAGAAGGUUGUCAAGAUAUAAAUGAAUGUGAUGAUAUUAAUAAAUGUAAAAGGGAUCAGUUUUGUGUGAAUUCCCUUGGAUCGUAUGCUUGCAUGGCUUGUGACAAGUCUUGCGAAGGUUGCCAUGGUGAUGGGCCAGAUCUGUGCCGUAAAUGUGCCAAAGGUUAUUCUAAAAAAGGAGAACUCUGUAUCGCAGAUAGAGAGGGUGAGGACCAAUCUGAUAGCCUGACUACAACAAGGUAUAUGACUUAUGUCGGUCUGAUUAUAGCAACGGGUAUUUUACUACCAAAAUCUACAACACUCGGAAGUUUGGUAGGUUUCAUGGUAAUGACAUAUAUAGUAGGUGCUGAAUAUUAUUGCAUGAUAAAUGGACACUCUGGCUUAGUGAAUCUUAAAGACUAUGAUUUAUCACAAUUAUUUAGAACAUAAAUUGAUAAAUAAAACAUCUGAUAAAAAGUUUAUAGGUUAGGUUACCCUUAAUAAGCUAGGUCAAGUCUAAAUCUAGUUGUAAAAUGUAUGAGCUGUGUAUUUGUUUUUUUGUAGGUUUGUAUGAUCUUUGGACAUUUUUUAUAGCACUU